AUGCAAUCACAGGGACAGAUUGACCCGAAAUUGAACGAGUCUCUUCCUGUUGAAGAAGUUCCUAAGCUUGAAAUUAGCUAUGUGACUCCUAAUUGUGCGGAGGCAGUAGUGAACUUACAGAUGGAUUACUUGUUGAGCCGCAAGUCCAAAUUGACCAAGAAGAUGCUCGGUGCUAAAGGAAUCAUUGCAAUCAUAAUAGGAUGGGCUUCCUUAGUGUCCUACUAUCGUUUAGGUGACUACUUCUCUGAUUAUACAUUUCAGAAUGGAUUUCAGAACGGGCUGUUCAAGUUACUUUUAAAUAGCUCUUUCCGUUACAAUGCGGUGGAAACGAUUUCUGUAGUUCUAUUAGGAAUGGUGACUAUUUGGGUGAAUCUAUUUUUGCAGACGAAUUUCUUAAAGGAGGAAAGUGUAGGAGUGCCAGAGAGACAGAAGGAUUACUUUGGCGCGGACAUGAAAGAGUACUCGUUAUUAGCACUCAAUGAUAAGAAGAAGAAACUCUGCUCUGACAAAAGGAAGAAGGUUGAGUUUUUCAAGACAAAUUCGGUUAUUAUUGUUUAUAGAUCCACUCCAAUUGCAUUUGCUGUAAAACAGGUUGUCCAGGAUAACGAUGAUGCUUUAAUUUAUAGAAUCACUGGUCUAGGCAUUAGAAGAGUCUACAUUCAGGCUGGUGUGUUGACCGAUCUUAUUACAUGCACUAUCAAGAAUCUUCCGCUAGUUACGUCCAGAACCGUCAAAUGUUACAUUGAUGUCUAUAAUUUCGAGGGAGCAGAAAAGCACAUCUUGAAGCGUCUUGGAUUUAACCUCGAAAAGACUCAACCUACCAACCACGGAUUCAUCUUGGAUACACUAUUCGGCUUCAGAAAGGAAACCUUUGUCUACACAAUUGCGCCAAACAAUGAUUAA